AUGUCCGCCAGGUCGGUUCCACCGGCAUCUCCCCGGGAUGGUUGCUCCUCGACUCUUGGAAGCUUAGAUUCCAAUUCAUCAGGGCCUUCUCCGCCAAGUUCACCCAUAUCGAGGACCAGCUCCAAGGUCAUGGCUCCUCUUCCUGGCGUUGCCCGUCAGCCGGCCGAGUGCGCUGCCUUUGGACGAAUGUUUUCUCGAACAAACUCAUCUUCGUUCAAGAGCUUCUCUUUCUCUUGCGCAUCAUCAGGCCACUAUCCGCCACCUCACUAUAUGGGUCUCCCGACACACCUGCCUCAUCAAGAUCACCCCUGUCCACCUUGUCAACUUGAGAAUGUGCGUAUGAAGGCGGACAGAGAGGCCAUUGCCCAGGCCAGGGCUGAGUUUCCGCAUCUGACUGGUGAGAUGUUGGUUCGGGACGGCAGACCAUGGGAAGAGUGGCAGACUAAGCCGACCCUUGAAGCUUACGUUGAUGAAAAACGGUCAGAUGAACGGCAGAUGUGGCUACAUGUCACCAGAAAAUGGACGCAAGAUCUGAAGAAGGCACGCGUAUUGGUGGCCGAGGAAGACGGGCUGGGCUUGUUCGGAUAA